UGCGACAAUUAUAAAAUUAUGGCUGAAGGUAAACGAGCAACAGGUUACAAAAUCAGCGGCAGUGAUGUACCUAUCAGCGAUGACAGAUUAGAACCAGGGUGGUAUAAAAUAGUAAAUGAAGGUGGAACCGAAAUACCAACAGAGGCACCAGGAUUAAUGUCUUGUGGUACUUUAUUCCCAAUAUGGCUUAAUGGUGAUCUCCCGACAGCAAAUACUACAGAAUUAUCGCAGUCUGUGUGUGUUCAAACAAUUUCAUCGGAAUGUCAGCCGAGUUGGACCAUUGACAUCAAACACUGUCAUGGAAAUUUUAUAAUAUACAAUUUAGUGGAAAGUCAAAUAUCAAGCUCUGGAUAUUGUUUUGGGAAAGAAGUAAAAUGCCCAGAUGGCCAAUAUUCCGAAAAUGGAUUUACUCCUGGGUGUACAAGUGAUGUCCCUAAAGAAAUAUUUUCUCCAGUUGUUCGAGCUGAACUUACCGAAGUAACAAUACAUCAAACGUCAUUCGGACCAAGCCUAGAACCUGUUUUUAGAUGUGCAUUUGACGCAAUUUUCGAAAAAUCUUACGCGUACGACAUCUAUUGGUUAAUUAAUAAUCAAUCAAUUAUUGUCCACAAAAGAAUUUCCUACAGUAGCAUAAAUGAUACGUUGCUCCGUCCAAAAGACUGGAUCAAUGACUACAAAAUGAACAUGAUGGUCAGAUGCAGUCUUCGUGUAAGGUUAGAUGUUGACUCUGUCCCUGGGCCAACUUUUGGUAGUUUAGAUUUUGAAGCUGGUGUAAAGCCUGAAUUUACUGUGUAUGAAGUGGCAGAAGGAGAUGAAAUAUCAGUCAGAUUAACAUCAUCUGUUCCUAUAGGAUGCUUUGGGUCAGCAGAUAUCAUAACAUCUCUUUGUGUUGAAACUUUGAAAAUAGCACAACCAGAGUAUCAGGAUAAUCCAUCAGACAAAUGUGUAAAUAGCAUUAGAAAAGGUUCAACAGUUUUUGAAACACAAGACUGUGGGGUAUCAUUUUCUACUACAAACUGGAUGUUGCCUGUGAACUUGACAGUCAAAGGAUACAUUGACAAUUACUACAAUUCAGACAACAGGAAGAGUUAUAUUCGGCUAAUAACAGAGAGUAAAAGUGCCACCGAUCUGUCCGGAGUUUGGGAUACAGUCAAUAUACCAGAAAUACAGGUGAUCGUUUCGGACAAAGACUCGGAAGUUACAGGACGGUAUUGCGGUACAUGGAAUGAUCCACGAUAUGUGACAGCUGAUGGUAAAUAUUUUACCUAUCAUGGAUGCGGAGAACAUGUUCUAUAUAGGAACAAGCGAUAUCCAUACUGGGUUCAUACAUUGUCAACACGCUGCUGGUGGAGAGGAACGUGUAACUGCGGAAUAGCUAUACGAAGUCAUGAUUCCCUGUUUGUUGUUAGAACAUGUGACAUAAUAUCAACUGUGUUCUACAGUCUCAGGAGACAUCAUCCAUACAUUUCCUAUGCUGCAUGUAACAAUGAACAUAUGACCAUACAGAAAUUAAACCGAGGUUACAAGGUGACGCUUCCAAUCGGCACAGAAAUAAGUUUUACUGUCUCUGGGGGAUGGAUACCAGGAAUUGCUAUAAAACCAUCUACAUUAGAUAUUGAGCAAACUGAAGGGCUAUGUGGUUUUGUUAGUAAAACAAAAGAUACAUCAGACGACUUUAUUCCAAGAAGUUCCAGUUUUGCUACAUCGUCUGUGUAUGAUUUUGCUAGAUCAUGGAGGGUUGGUCGGUAUUCGGCUUAUGGUGAAGAAGACCUUUUCACUCCUUUUCCAAUGUUUCCCUCAAAUGAUUUACAGCUAAAGGAAUACUGUCUUUGUGCAGCAGAAGCAGACCAAAACGAUGAUAUUUCAACAUUUACGGAUAUACACUGUAAUCUUACUCAGCCAUUGGUGCAGUGCGAAACUGCGAAAAAUAACAUUGCAAAUAGGUUAUACCAAGAAUGUCACACACAUAGAAUGCGUAGAGAUACUUCUAAUAUGGAGAAUGAUCAACGAAAAAUAGUUAAACGGAAUGCAUUGGAUAGUGAUGAUGUGAUUGAUGAAACGUCUUUGACAUACCAUGAGACUUUUGACCCAAAUUAUAUUCCAUCUGACCCUGAUUGGAAGAAUGGAUGGAACGAAGAUUCUGCAAGGGAAAGAUGUGAAAUAGGUAUUUCAGAAAUGGCUGCUCUGGAACUUUGUCAGAAAUACGCUAACAUUGAUAAGACCUUAUACAUAGGCCUAUGUAUCGAAGAUAUCAAGAUUUCAGGGAGUUCAGAUUACAUACCAUACAUGAUCUGGUUGAUGGAAGAUGCAUGCAAAUUUGAAAUAUCACGAAACGAAUCUCUGUUCAGUAAUUCCUCUGGAAACAAUGGUGUUGCUGUUAUGGAAACAAUUCUUGAUCUCAUGUGUCCUAACAGAUGUAGUAACAAUGGUGUCUGUAAUAAAAGUGAAUGUGUCUGUAAUAAUGGUUACAUUGGAUCUGAUUGUUCUAUGACACUGGCUGACGCCCCAAAAGAAAUAUCUGUUCCCGAUGAAGGACUUUGUGGAACCAAGCAAAGAAACUGUCAAAAGACAAAUAUAUUUGGUGAAUUUCAUGCUUCAAAUAUGUAUUGUAAAUUAGAACAUUUUAUCGUUACCGACAAUGGCAAACAAUUGAGCGGUACCGAGGCAAUUGUAUCAGCUGUUUACUCAUAUGAAAACUUGAUAUCGUGUGAUUUUCCAAACUCCAGAAAGAGACGGUCAACAGACAACAGACCUGAGGGAUACGACAUUUCCCUGUCAUUUGAUCAGACUAACUAUGGUGACACUGUUUCUAUCAUCAUAUACGACGACGAUUGUUUCAAUUGUAACUCGACGUCAGUUACUUGUACUGAAUUAGAUUCAUGUUUGGGUUUUACAACAGAAACAGAAUAUGGUAAGCACUUAAAAAAAUGA